GCAUUUGUUUAUUUUACUAUAAUAUAAUGGUGUUAUUAUUUUAGAUAACUAAAGGAGGCUCUCCCAUAUGCUUUUUGUUUGGCUGUCUCCACUUGCAGGUAGAAACUGUGUGGAGUAUCUUUGAGAGACAUCCAGACAUUGCUGUAGGGUUCCAUUCAAAGAACCAACAUCUGAGGAAAGCAUGCAUGAAUUCUCUUCUAUGCUUAAUUGAGACUCUAUGCCAAUCACUUCAAGAGCUCUCCAGUGAGGAUCUUGAGCUAGCAGACGUUGCACUGACAUAUCUGAAAGAUUCAGGAUUUAAGUUGGAUUGGUUGGAGAAGAAGCUGGACCAAGUUAAACUGAAUAAGGAGAAAGAGAUGUCUUGUUUGGCCAUCCUACAAGAAACAGAGGAAAGUUUACUAAACUUGAAGCAAAAGUGUUCAGAGCUGAGGGCAGAGUUGGCGGAGACCAAAACUCCUCUGUCAUUCGAUGAUGUUGUUUGAUGUCUUGAUGUCCUUUAACAUUUUGUGUUAUGUUGUCUUAGUUCCCCACCCCCCCCCCCCCCCCUUUGUUUCCAAAACUAGAGAUCAUCUUGUCAUUGAGCAUGUCUUCCUUCUUAAUAAGUGUGUAUUAGUUUCUAAUCAUAGCUUAAACUACACUUAUAAACUACUCCGUAUUUAAACAGAUUUUUUUUUCUAAAAAAAGAUAAAUUUCCAAAAGAUUUGAAUUUUUUUAAAAACAUGUAAAUACUCCAAUACAAAAACUGAACCAACCAAACCGGCGGAACCGAAAAAUAUAUGAAAUAGUUUUAUUUAUUAAAAAGUGUAAAAGUUCUCAAAUUAAAAAAUAAUGUAUUUACCAAAACUGAGUCAAACUUAAAUAGAAAUUUGUACAAAUGAUAUAAUUGGAAAACCAACGGAGAAGUAAAUAAAACCCCAAAACUAAGUUUCUCCCAUUUCUUCUUUUAGUUCCUCAGUCUGCGCUCUCGACCUAGUUUCCAAGCAAGAGCUGCUUCGAUUCGCAUCCGUAAAGGUUACUAUGUCCCGGGAACACAAAAGGAUCAUGCUUCUUCUUCAGAGAGCAGAAGACAAGCUAAACCGGGCGGUUCACAACAUUGCAAAGUCUGAGAAAUAUUUCCUGGACAGUGCUGCUGAAUACGGUAACAGGGCAAGCAACCUUGAGUUGUGUCUAGAUGAAUCAGGUGUUUCUUGUUAUUUGCAAAUGAAGGAGGAGUGCCAAGAAGCUGCUAAAAAGUAUGCAGCUAUGCGUCAUUUUGCUCUUCAACAGUUGGCUAAGAUCGAUGAUCUCAGAACGAUAGCGUGGGAAGCAUAUGAGGAAAAAGCCUUCACCACCUCGCAAACCUUUAUGUUGUUUCUUUUAGGACUAACUUGCAUCUUCUCUGUCUUAGCUUUCUUUCUCCAAAAACUGAGAUAAACUAUGUGUUGAUGAAGUUUUCUAGAAGUUAUGCCUCAAGGCAGAGUUGUUAGCUGAGACCAAAACUCCUCUGUCAUUCGAUCAUGUUGUUUGUUGUCUGUCGCCAGGUUCUUAGACAUUUUGUGUUCUGUUUGUUGUCUUAGUUUCCUCCCUAGGUUUCAUAACUAUUAUUGUACGUUACUGGUAAUGUAUGCAUCUUUUUAAUACGUAUUUGUCUUUUAAGUACACUUUUCCUUCUCCUCUCAAUAAAAGACUAAACUGAAGCGUGGGGUACAAGUCAAAUAUCAAAGUUACAAUGAUCUUGUUUUCCUAUAGAAAAGUGGAAUUGAGUGGUUUCUUUGAAGAAAAGAAUCAGGGCUAGAAGAAACUAAGCUUGAUGAUUAAGUAUUCUCUUUAAUAUCUAUUACAAGAACAAACUCAAAGAAUUAAAAGACAAGACUCUCUCGCUGAACCUGUAAGAUAAGCAUAUUCUCUCUUUUUUCAAAGUAUUUAUACUCAUGGUUUCUCUUCUUCUUCAUGUACCAUCAGAGAGCAAUUCAACUUAUCACAUCACAUAAAUGGUGAAUCCUAACAAGAAAAGUUUUGCUUGGUUGAUAGAGAACUUCUCCUCUUUGCAAUCUGACAAGCUUUAUUCUGCACCAGUCCUGAUCAGUGGAUUCUAUUGGGAUCUUUUCACCUAUCCCAAGGGAUACAAAGGUGGUGAUUCGUUGGUUGUGUCUCUCGCUGUUACUGAUGGUCAAUCAUUGCCUUCUGAAUGGGCAAGAUACGUCAAGUUUCGCUUAACUAUAGUCAAUCAUCUUUCUCAUGAACUCUCCAUACAUAGAGAGACAAAUAUUUGGUUUGAUCAGAAAGCUCCAGGAUGGGGUUUAUCAGGAAUGCUCCCGUUUGCCAAACUCCAUGACAAAGAUGGUGGCUUCCUAGUUAACGACGAACUAAAGAUUGUUGCUGAAAUAGAGGCUCUUGAAGUGAUUGGCACGUUAGAUGAGUCUAAAGAUUUGCUUGACAAGACUUGCAUAGAUGUCAAUGGGUUUCAAGUUCUUCCUUCACAAGUGGAAGCUGUGAGAGGGAUGUUUGAAAGACAUCCAGACAUUGCAGUGGAGUUUCGUGCAAAGAACCAACAUCUGAGGACAGCAUGCAUGAAUUUCUUGCUCAGUCUUAGCGAGAUGCUAAUCAAAUCACUUGAGGAGUUCUCUAAUGAAGAUCUGAUGGAAGCAGACAUUGCGUUGACAUAUUUGAAAGAUGUGGGGUUUAAGGUGGAUUGGCUUGAGAAGAGGCUGGACCAAGUCAAAAGAACAUAAGAAGAAGGGGGUUCUCAGUACAAGAAUCUCCUCCAUAAAUUGUAUUUGUAAUAUGAAAGCUGAGUGACAAGAUAAACACAAGUAUCUGUAUCCAAAUAAAUGAAAAAAAAUUGGUUAUUCCUGCAUAUGUAAGAUUUUAACUACACGCUAUUUGUAUAGGUAUAGCUACUAGACGGAUUACAUAACUAGUUGUUUCGUCUGCACAUACCAGUUUAACUAUUUUAUGAAUAUUUAUUGAUAUAUAAAUUAUAAAUUUAAUGAUCACUAUA